AUGUCUACUGCUACUGUCGCAAGCCUGAGGCAGAGCCUCUGCUCUGAGGAAACUCCUCUGCCCGUCCGAUUCCGCGCUCUCUUCUCCCUCAAGCAUGUCGCCCAAACCGACCCCGAGUCUACUCUUCCAGCUAUCGAAGCCAUCGCCGCUGCCUUUGCAUCCCCGUCGGCUCUACUGAAACACGAGCUCGCAUACUGCCUUGGCCAGACCGGCAACGAUGCGGCCAUUGCCCCUCUACGCGACGUCCUGUCAGACCUGAAGGAGGAUCCCAUGUGCAGACACGAGGCCGCCGAGGCUCUUGGAGCUCUGGGCAAUGCUACAAGCCUGGACAUACUUCGGGAAUUCAGAGAUCGUGCCGACGAAGAAGUCGUCGUCAAGGAGACGUGCGAGAUUGCAAUUGAUCGCAUUGAAUGGGAGAACUCCGAGGCAAGGAAGCAGGAAAAGCUGCGCCAAAGUGAUUUUGCUUCAAUCGACCCGGCGCCGCCCAUGCCCGAGUCCGAAAAGUCAGUUGACGAGCUUGGUAGAGUGCUCAUGGAUCUCAAGCAGCCCCUCUUCAUGCGAUACCGCGCCAUGUUUGCCCUCCGCGACCUUGCUUCUCCUCCAGACUGCCCAACUGCCGUUCCCGCCGUCCACGCCCUUGCCAAGGGAUUCGCCGACUCCUCCGCACUGUUCCGUCACGAGAUUGCCUUCGUCUUUGGCCAGCUUUCACAUCCCGCAUCUAUCCCUGCCCUGACAGAGGCUCUAAGCAAUCUGGAAGAGGCCAGCAUGGUGCGCCACGAAGCUGCCGAGGCUCUGGGUAGCCUUGGAGAUGAAGAGGGUGUCGAAGACAUCUUGAAGCGAUUCCUCCAAGACAAGGAGCAGGUUGUUCGGGAGAGUGUCAUUGUCGCAUUAGAUAUGGCCGAGUAUGAGAGAGGUGGUGAGACGGAAUAUGCUUUGAUUCCUGAGGUGGCCGGCGCCUCAGCAUAGAAGAGAGUAAGAAUUUUUCGUGUCCAUAUUACAAGUUAUAGAUCUUUCCAAAUGCAAAAAAAAUAGAGCUUUUAAUUGUUCUCAUGCCAGCUGUAUCCGCAUUCGCAAUUGUAAAUGACGGUUGAGCCUUCGUCGGCACUUCGCAGUUGCACCGUUGUGUACUUGACUUCUUCUCGGCCGCAGUUUGGGCAUCGUUCGCGAACGGAGCUCUCGGUGUUGAGGGUAUGGCGCUCAACGGCCUGCACGCUGGACUGGAGCUUUUGGCGCAAAAAUGAAGGGAAAUCAGACGGCUUUGACUUGGUCACAAUGACCUUUGCGCCGGUAUCUUUAUUUUCGGCGCUACAGCACUCGCAGCUAAGCACAUUCUGCUCGGUUCCCUUUGUCGCCGGCAGCAGGUUUCCGCAGUCGGUGCAGAACACCAUGGAUCCAAUGGCAGCCAUUUUUGCUUAAAAAUUUUCUCCCGUCUAAUAUGCCAGCGCAG